AGCGUACUCGUCUCCCGGGCACGCAUCAGUUGAUGUCGGGAAGUCGCGACGCAUGGCUGUCGUGUGCUCGGUGUGAUUAGUGACAGUGUUUGUGUAUAAGGCUAAACUAUGUUAUGGUGCGGUGAACAGUGAGCGGUUACAAUGUGGUGUAAUAGCAAAGUGGGUGUGGGGGCGAUAAUGACGAUACUACUGAGCACAUCCCUGGCUAGGGAGGAGCCUCACAGGUUCACGAUAGAGGAGCUACUGUCGACGCACUACGAGAACAAACGCUCGGACGACGUAGGGAUGGACCCUUGUAAAGCAGAGAACUUCCAAGGAGAUAUCGCGAUACCCAGCUCCGAUUAUAAUUAUAAGCCAGCUAACACUGCCCCAUCGACCUCCAAAAUCAAUAAGUCUCUACAGGAAGAAGUUGAAAGACUGAAAAAAGAAGUACUAUUAGAAGGAUUACAAGUAGAAGAAGAAGGAAUGCCUGAUAUUUUAAGAAAAAGAACAAAACAACCUCUUCCAUUAUCACAAGAGAAACCGAAGAAGUACAACGAAGCUUCUUUGCUAACCAAAGUACUGCCAGCAGGACUUGAUAAGUCAUUACUAAUGAAAAAUGGGAAACUACCACCAGAAGAAGUUAUUGAUAAUACUGACAUGAAUACUCCAGCAAAAACAAAUACUCCAAAUAUUACUGAUAAUCUAACAGAAACAGAAAGCUUGGAACAAGACGGCGUUUUAGUCGUGAAUAUUUCAAGCGAUAACAUAUUAAAUCUUGACGAAUUUUAUCCCAAUAUCCAACUUGCCAAUUACUCUAACAAAAUGGAUGAAGUAACAAAUAAGAUACAGAGUAAUAGUCGGGAAAUAACUGGUGAUAAUAAUAACAAUAUUAGAUUUAAAAAUAUGCCAGAUCAUCCUACUGUAGCGCCUGCUCCUACGAAUGGAGUGCUUCAUACAGAUGAAGAAGAAAAUUUCGACAAAAAAGAGAAAAGUCUAAUAAAUAAAACUAAGGAAGAGUUAAGAAAGGAUUAUGAAGCAAAUGAAUUGCCAAAACCAACUGAGAGUUUGCAGACUUUAAUUGAUAGUUCCGUAGGUCACAAGCGACGAAGAAGACGACGUCACGGCAGCAGAAGAAGGUUAAGAAAUAUUCAGUCUAUUGAAAGAACAGGUCACAAUAAUUUUCUCGACGAAGAUGAUGCCCUGCUGCGGCCGAAGAAAAAAUUUUUUCGUCACCAAAAGAAAAUUGAGGAUACUUACAAAAAGUAUGAAAUACCAGUACAUGAGUUCGAGGAAAGGUUUGAACCGAAGCCUCCAGUGAAGAAAGAGAUACCUACCGAAUUCCAACAGUUUAAAGAUUGGUCUGUACGUGACACUGAUGAUGAUUUAAUAGCUGACGAAAGUCAAUUGCUUAACCAUACAGAGAUAAAACGUAGACACCGCACCGCCCGCGCUGCAACCAACCGCAAGGAGAGGAUCUGGGAGAACGGAGUAAUUCCUUACGAGAUUGAUGGCAAUUUCAGCGGCGCCCACAAAUCACUGUUCAAACAAGCCAUGAGGCAUUGGGAGAAUUUCACUUGCGUCAAGUUCGUCGAGCGAGACGCCGAUCUGCAUAAAGACUACAUUGUGUUCACCGAGAGGCCUUGCGGAUGCUGUUCCUUCGUCGGCAAACGCGGUGGUGGUGCCCAGGCCAUCUCCAUCGGGAAGAACUGCGACAAGUUCGGUAUAGUGGUGCACGAGCUGGGCCACGUGGUGGGGUUCUGGCACGAGCACACCCGACCGGAUAGAGACAAACACGUGCAGAUCAUACGAGAUAAUAUUAUGUCAGGGCAAGAAUAUAACUUCAACAAGCUGACAGAUGAGGAGGUUAACUCUUUGGGGCAAACCUACGACUAUGACUCUAUAAUGCACUACGCCAGGAAUACCUUUAGUAAGGGGACCUACUUGGACACCAUUCUCCCUCUAGAAGUUCACGGGAAGAAGAGACCGGAGAUCGGACAGAGAGUGAGGUUGAGUGCUAGCGAUAUCGCUCAAACGAAUCUACUGUAUAAGUGUGCGAAGUGCGGCAAGACGUUCCUUGGUAACUCCGGCUGGUUCAGCUCGCCAGGCUGGGGCGCGGAGCAGCAGCCCACCACACCGGACAAGUGCGAGUGGCGCAUCGUCGCCACUCACGGGGAGAGAGUCAUGCUUAACAUCACUGAAAUCGACAUCCACAAAUCCGACGGCUGUCACUCAGAGUGGGUUGAGGUCCGAGACGGGUACAUGCCCAACGCCCCACUCCUGGGCCGUGUGUGUGGGUCAGGCACGGGCCCCAUCAUGAGAUCUACCGGCUCCCGGCUCACCGUGGUCUACCAGCCCGGCUCCAGGGCCAAGCUCCAUAAGGGAUUCAAGGCCCAUUAUGAAGCGGUAUGUGGUGGUGAUAUCCAGGUGAACAGCAGCGGCCACUUGGAGUCACCGAACUACCCGGACGACUACCAGCCCAACAAAAUAUGCCUGUGGAGGCUAUCUGUGCCACCGGAUUACCAAGUGGCGCUUCGUUUCCACUCGUUUGAGGUGGAGAACCACGACAACUGCAACUACGACAAGGUCAUCGUUCGGGACGGUGACAGCAUGGACAGCCCCUUCAUUGGCAUGUUCUGCGGGUACAAGAUACCACCUGAUAUCAGGUCCACCUCCAACAAGCUGUUGGUGAUAUUCGAGUCAGACAGUUCGGUCCAGAAGGCUGGUUUCUCGGCGACCUUCAUGAAGGAGUUUGACGAAUGCGCCUCCAUCGACCACGGCUGCAGCCACUCCUGCGUCAACACGCUGGGUGGAUACGAGUGUGCUUGCGACAUCGGAUAUGAACUGCACUCGGACGGGAAGAAGUGUGAAAACGCCUGUGGCGGACUGCUGUUGGCGCCAAACGGGACGAUCACAUCGCCAUCUUUCCCCGACAUCUACCCGCCUUCCAAGAACUGUCUGUGGGAGAUAGUGGCGCCACCACAACACCGGAUCACGCUCAACUUCACACACUUCGACCUGGAGGGCAGCAAUACUAUGUACCAUCAAUUACAGGAGUGCGAGUACGACAGCGUGACGGUGCACUCGAAACUCGGCGCCGACGUGCUGCGGCGUCACGGCGCGUUCUGCGGCUCCGUGCUGCCGCCGCCCGUCACGUCGGACGCUUCGGUAUUGAGAGUUCAGUUCACAUCAGACACGUCAGUUCACCACUCCGGGUUCGCAGCCACAUACUACUUCGACGUAGACGAGUGUGCCGACAACAACGGCGGCUGCCAGCACGAGUGCCACAACACACUGGGCAGCUUCGAGUGCGCCUGCCACAGCGGCUUCACGCUGCACCCCAACAAGCGGGACUGCAAGGAGGGGGGUUGCAAAUACGACAUUACCCACGCACACGGCACUAUUAACAAUCCAAACUAUCCCGAAGCAUAUCCAGCUAGAAAAGACUGCGUGUGGCAGUUCUCCACAACCCCUGGUCAUCGGAUAAAACUUAUCUUCAACGUGUUCGAAUUGGAACCGCAUCAGGAAUGCACUUACGACCACGUCACCAUUUACGAUGGGUCAUCCGCGGACGAAAAGACGUUGGGUCGGUUCUGUGGAAGCAAACUACCACACCCAGUGGUGGCGUCGCAGAAUCAAAUGUAUGUGGUCUUCAAAUCAGACGCAUCUGUGCAGAGAAAAGGAUUCCUAGCUACUUACUCUACUGCAUGCGGCGGCUACCUCGCUGCGUCUGAAGUGGUGAAGCACGUAUACUCCCAUGCUCGGUACGGCCAUGAACCCUACGAGUCGCGAGCCAACUGCGACUGGAGUAUAGUCGCACCAGCUGGGCAGUUCGUCCGACUGACCUUCCUAACGUUUGAGCUGGAGCCAGAGAAUACGUGCGGGUACGACUACGUUCAAGUCUUCGGCGGCUUGGAAGGUAGCGCCGGGGAUUACGGAAGCUUCUGUGGGACCAAGAUGCCACCCGAAAUCGUGUCGACUACUGAAGCGCUCCUCAUAAAAUUCCGUACAGACGACACCAUAGUCUUCAAAGGAUUCUCAGCGUCCUACCAAGCUGUGAAGCCCGAGAUUUGGAGCGGCGAGGACAGCGAGGGAGGAGAAGACGAAGAUGAAGAAGAGGACGAGAAAUGGCCGAUCAUUGUAGUGGGGAGGCGUCAGCAGGCGCCCAAGUUCGUGCACCGACACACGUGACGGUGGCCCAUACCCCGCCGCCCGCGCCGCCGCCCGCACAGACCGCAUAGAAUCAAGGCCGAAAAUGGCCACUUUUAAAAAAGGAACGAGAUUGUGGUGUUGCCAAUGUCAAAUUGUUUGAAUGCAGAAUGACACUUGUUUUUUUUAUCCGAAUUUGUCUUGGGUGUUGCAUUUAGAAGUUUAGUGUUACAGGAACUUUGAAGACGAAUUUCACAAUCGCGUCGCCAUAAUCACAGCAAUAUAAUAUUUAUCUACAUUUUUUCGCUGAAUGUGGUAACUGUGAAAGUCGUAAGCAGGUAAUUAUAAAGCAUAAUAUACACGACGAAUUUGGCAAGCAUCUACUUACUCCAAAUAUUAUUCAAUUUAUAAUUUCACUUUUAAUGUGAUUUUUGAUAAAGAAAAUUAAGACUAAUUUUAACAUAAUAACUGUAGGUCCCUCUACCUAUACCUACCUACUAUGUUUUUAUGACUUUUAACCAAAUAAAACCAAAGAUAUUUCAUGUGCCAUACAUACAUACGAUUUAAGAUUAUGUACCUUAUUUUUUUAAGACCUUAAAAUUUCUUU